CGUCGCGGUGCAUGAUGGAUAUGCUUAUUGCGAAAUGUGCUUGAGUUGACUGUUAAUUAAAAUUGUAUUACGUUAAAACGAAGGGCCUAGUUAUAGUUUCAGAUGUCACUGAAAUGUCGGAAGUGUCGUCAGGUUCUGUUAACGCAGCAUGAUGCUGUACUAACGGCACAUGGAGAACACAUCGGUGCCAAUGCGGCCUGUGCAGCAGUACAAUUUGGUGCAGUCUUUUAUUUGCAAGAGGACCGGCUUCCAGCCUGGAUCGAGACAAUUGUAGACAAGGAGGGUUGGGUGAAAGGACGACUGCACUGUCCCAAAUGUCAGGGUCGUGUUGGGGCCUUUGACUUUGUGUCGGGACAGAAGUGUGCUUGUGGGCUGUGUCUUCUGCCAGCAGUGCAUCUCAUCAGGAGCAAGGUGGACCAGGAAGCCUGUGUUGUGCCACAGGAGCGUGAAUAAUGACGAGUCUCUGAUCUUUUCCUUGUCACAUUCAUUGGUGUUUAGAUCAGCUUAUGAUGGAGGUGAGUAGUCAGCUUCAUGCUGACAGGAGCUCAGUAAAUACACACUGAGUUCAGCAGAUGUGGAACUCUGAAUAUGUGGACAGCUGAUAGAAGGCGUAUGGCUAACAGCCCCCUCACUUUAAAGAUUUUUGUGUUGUAGAAUGGGUACUUGAAGUCACAGAAUUGUAUUUGGUGGUAAUAUAUGUUUGAACACAGCAAUUUUGAAUCAGGGACAGUGGUGGGAGGGUAGUGGUGAAAUGCAUAUCAUGGAAAUUGGAUGUUAGAAUGUGAACUGGCUUUUGUUAGGACAUGUGUGUUAGUUUGUCAACAGUUUGGCAGUUCUUUAAUUCAAAUCUGGACAACUGUGUAUGAGGUUUCACACUUGUUCCUGUCUCAUUCCAUUCCAUUUGCAUCUCAGAAACAGUUGCUUAUGCAGUCAGACAUUAUUUCAUGAACUCAACCCAGAUUCAUUAACCUUUAAGUGACGUCCCUUUAAAUUCCAGUAAUGGCAGCGGGACGGAUUUGAUUUAAAUACCCACAAUUUUAAAGCAAUAAAAACUGUAAUCAUUUCCUAAAAUUGCUGUGAUUUCUAC